UGCUUUUUGGAAAAUUUUAUUUUUCGACAAUUCAAUUUCUAUGAGAAUCAAGUUGAUUAUUAUUCCAAAUUAGUUAAUUAGUUUAAACAGAAUUUUCAUCAUGAGUAGUUCGACAGCUGAAAAAGCCUUACGUUUGCUGAAGUUUAUGCCCAGAGUGACGACAAUUAACUCUACGGUUUCACCUUUAACACCAAAAAGAGCGAGGAAGCUUCAAGGACAAUAUGCCAGAGGUGGACGAAUGAAAUUUCUCAACAAAUCUUUUCACCAAAGGCAGAGAUUCGAGCCAGCAGGAUUUGUUGAUGAUCCCAAAUCAUCAUCACUCUGGUUUGAGAAAGUUCCAGUCAAAGAUUAUUAUAAAGAUGUAUUACAUCGAAGAUCAUAUCCACCAUGUUCUUUAUAUUCAAUCCAAUUGUCCAUUGAUUUGGAUUAUCUUAAUCCAAAUGAGCCGAUUGAUUUAACAACACUUUGUCGAGAUGUAUUUCUCAAUGUGAACACGGACAUUAAUGAUUAUGGUACUCAAUUAACUAACCUUGGUCAGGAUAUUUUCAGUGCUCAGAUAAACAUCGAGGUUCAAUAUGCAAGCGAAGAAGUGAUUGCUGCCAUCGAGAGGAACGGAGGAGUAAUAACCACCGCUUUUUACGACAUUAAAAGUGUCAUGGCUCUGACCAAUCCAACGAAAUUUUUCAGCAGAGGUGAACCUAUUCCAAAGCGAUUACUUCCACCUCCUGAUUGUAUUGAUUACUAUACAAACCCUGUGAAUCGCGGUUACCUUGCAGAUCCCGAUGCGAUUGCCGAAGAGAGAUUAAAAUUAGCCCAGAAAUACGGAUAUACUUUACCUGAUUUAUCGAAAGAUCCGAAAUUUAAAAUGCUUUCUCUUCGGAAAGAUCCUCAACAAAUUUUCUAUGGACUAGAACCUGGUUGGGUUGUGAAUCUUAAAGACAAGCAAAUUAUGAGGCCAAUCAAAAAUAACUUGUGAAAUUUAACAAAAUUUAUUCAUUAAUUAAUUU